AUGGAGAACAAUAACCAUCAGCCACCGCCACAGCCGUCACAGCCGCCAAUGUACUCGCAACCACCGCAUACGGCGGCGUUUAACCCCGUUUUGCAGCAACAGAACCAGGCGCUAAAGAAUUUCUGGCUUCAGCAGAUGGAAUCCGUCGAGGAUUUCAAAAUCCAUCAGCUUCCUUUGGCUCGUAUCAAAAAAAUCAUGAAAUCGGAUAGCGACGUGCGUAUGAUCUCCGCCGAGGCACCGAUCGUAUUCGCCAAAGCCUGCGAGAUGUUCAUCGUCGAUCUAACGAUGCGCUCGUGGCUUCAUGCCGAGGAGAACAAACGCCGUACGCUCCAGAAACCCGAUAUAUCCGCCGCCGUGGCUCGCAAUUUCGCCUACGAUUUCCUUAUCGACGUUGUCCCCAGAGACGAAUCUCUCGCCGCCGUUGAUCCUGAUUUCGUCGCCGUGCCUCAUCCCGACGGUGGUGGAGUUCCGUAUUAUUAUCCGCCGGUGAUUGAUGGGAGUGGAAUGUACGCGCCGUAUCCGGGGCAGUCGUGGCCGGUCUCUUGGCCGGCGGUGAGUGGUGACGGUGAGGAAGAGACUGUUCAAUGUGGAGAAAACAGCGGCGGAAAAUGA